AUGGAUCCAGUCUUGUAUAAGGCUGCAAUGGAAGGAGGUAUCGAGGUUGUCGAGCAAAUGGCUGAUCAAUUUGAAGUUCAGUUGACCCCCAACAGCAACACAGUCCUCCAUGUCGCAGCUCACUUCGGCCAAACACAGUUUGUGGAGGAGGUAUUGAAGAAUUGCAGCCUAUCACUGUUUUGUUCAGUGAAUAUUGAAGGUGAGACUUCACUUCACAUUUCGGCAAGGGAAGGACACGCCGGCAUAGUACGAGCACUCAUUGGACAUGGAAAGACACUCGAAAAGGAUCUUGAAAGCGGCAUUGGAGCUACCAUGGAGAUGCUGAGGACGAGGAAUGUGGAGGGUGACACAGCCUUGUUUGAGGCUGUGCGAAACAAUCAUCCUGAUGUGGUUGAGAUUUUGACAAAAGAAGAAUCUUGA